GUUAGAGGAGGCAGUUGUGUUUAGAAAGGCAAGCGAUGAACUGAAGAUUAAACAUGUAUGGGAAUUAUCCUCACUUCAUUAAGUUUCCUGCGGGCUUUGGCAAUUCCCCUGUCCAUGCCAGCUCCACAUCUGUGAGCCUGUCGUCAAGCCUUUCCUCAGGAAAUUCAGUGGAAGGGCACCACAACUACCUCGAGGCCCCUGCAAACGCCUCCCGGGCACUGCCAUCCCCCAUGAAUGCCAUCGGGUCUCCAGUCAACACUCUGGGCUCGCCGUACAGAGUCAUCGCGUCCUCCAUUGGCUCACACCCCGUCUCACUGUCUUCAGCCCCGGGCAUGAAUUUUGUGACACAUGCAAGCCCACAGCUCAAUGUCUUGAACAAUGUCAGCAGCUCAGAGGAUGUCAAACCCUUGCCAGGUCUCCCAGGGAUUGGGAACAUGAAUUAUCCAUCUACAAGCCCAGGAUCCUUAGCCAAACACAUCUGUGCCAUCUGUGGGGACAGGUCCUCAGGGAAGCACUACGGGGUGUACAGCUGUGAGGGCUGCAAAGGCUUCUUCAAGAGGACAAUCCGGAAGGACCUCAUCUACACCUGCCGUGACAACAAGGACUGCCUCAUAGACAAGCGCCAACGCAACCGCUGCCAGUACUGCCGCUAUCAGAAGUGCCUCGCAAUGGGCAUGAAGAGGGAAGCUGUGCAGGAGGAGAGACAGAGGAGCAGGGAGCGGAGCGAGAACGAGGCCGAGUCCACAGGCAGUGGCAGUGAGGACAUGCCUGUGGAGAGGAUCCUGGAAGCUGAGCUGGCAGUCGAACCCAAAACAGAGGCAUACAGCGAUGUGAACACAGAAAGCUCGACAAAUGACCCUGUCACGAACAUAUGCCAUGCAGCUGACAAGCAGCUCUUCACACUUGUUGAGUGGGCCAAGCGAAUCCCCCACUUCUCUGACUUGACGCUGGAAGAUCAAGUCAUUCUCCUCCGGGCAGGAUGGAAUGAGCUGCUCAUUGCCUCAUUCUCCCAUCGCUCUGUGUCAGUGCAAGACGGCAUCCUUCUGGCCACGGGCUUGCAUGUGCACCGCAGCAGUGCUCACAGUGCUGGUGUGGGCUCCAUCUUUGACAGGGUUUUGACAGAACUGGUGUCCAAAAUGAAAGACAUGCAGAUGGAUAAGUCGGAGCUGGGCUGCCUUCGAGCCAUUGUCCUGUUUAAUCCAGAUGCUAAGGGUUUGUCCAGCCCUUCAGAAGUGGAAUCACUGAGGGAGAAGGUCUAUGCCACGCUGGAAGCCUACACAAAGCAGAAGUACCCGGAACAGCCAGGGCGGUUUGCCAAACUUCUUCUGCGUCUGCCGGCACUGCGGUCUAUUGGGCUGAAGUGCCUGGAGCACCUCUUCUUCUUCAAGCUGAUUGGAGACACCCCCAUUGACACCUUCCUCAUGGAGAUGCUGGAGACACCCCUUCAGGUCACUUGAGGGUCUGGCUUCUCUCUGGCCAGAUCCUGUCCCCACCAUGCCCCUGCACAGCUUCCCACCCCUCCGCUCUGAGCCUGUGAGAACUCCCACCCUCCCUCUGCUCCUCCUCGGUGGGAUUGUUGUGUUUUGUACAGCUGUAAAUCACCUCCUCUAACCCUCCCUGGCCUGGCUGUGGGAGGUCACAGAUCCUCUGACCAGUUAACCAUUCCCCUGCCCCCUGUACAGAUAAUUGCUUUAAAUUAUUUUUUCAUUCUCAAUAAAAACCAACAA